AUGCGCCGCCGCCGCCGCCGCCGCGAAUCUCAGCCGACGCCGCCGCAACAGCCGGAGCGUGCGGUGGACCUGCUGGGCGACCUCCCGACGGAUGUCCUCGACAAGAUCCUCGCCAGCCUGCCCGCCCGCGACAUGGUUCGCACGUCCGUGCUCUCGCCGCCGUGGCACCGCCGCUGGGAGUCGAUCCCGGGCCUCGACAUCGAGCUCCAUGACGUCCGCGACGAAGGGGGCGCCUGGGACUCCGCCGCCGGCUUCCUCGAGCGCUGCGCGGCCCCCGUAGGUCGCGUCAGCAUCCGCGGCGUCCCGCUGAGCGUCUACGACCGCGCCAACGACUGGGUGGGCGCCGUCGCGAGGAAGAGCCCGCGCUCGCUGUCCCUCAAGCUCCCCGUCGCGAGGAAGAGACCGCGCCAACGACUGGGUGGGCGCCGUCGCGAGGAAGAGACCGCGCCAACGACUGGGUGGGCGCCGCUGCCGUCGCUUUUCCGCUGCGACCCCGCCGCGCUGGCCGAGCUGGAGCUGCGCUGCUGCAGGAUCCCGGCGGCGCCUGCCGACUUCACGGGGUUCCACAGGCUAGCCAAACUCGAUCUGGACGACGUGUUUUUCACGGGUAGGAAUGCCUGGGUGCAGCUGGAGGCCAUGGUCUCUGCGGCCAUGCCCACGCUCGUGGAGCUCCGCCUGCAAAACAUCUCUUUCCCUGCAAAACUUGGAGUCCCAGGCAGGUGGGUCAUCCAGGCGCCCAACCUCCGGCGGCUGGUCCUGUGCCUGCGGAUCGCUGGCGCUGGCCUCUGGGAGCUUGGGCCGCUUCCCAACCUGGAGUUGGCCAGAAUCUUCCUCAACGACUCUGCAGACGACAGAGACUACGUCCAGAUGUUCACAGCCAUUUCCAACGUCAGGGAGCUUCACAUCGGCAACUUUCACAUCGACAAACAGGCAGCUGCAAUGAACAUAUUCAAAGAUCUUUUGUUGGGAUUUCAAAAUCUAAGGAUUUUAAGAGUUGAUGGAAACUUUUCUGAAUCUCCAACAAAACAUCUAGUGAACCUUUCUCCAUUCCUUGAAACUGUUGAAAUUAAGGCUCAUCUCAUCAGCCUCCGCCGUAGGCUCUCUAGGACCUUCGGUAUCGACCUCUUGUAUCACUCCAUGGGGACCUUCGCAGCCACCGGGAUUUUCCACCAUGGAUUGUAUAUGAUGGCCAGUACGAAGGCCCAAGAGUUUUUCGAGGAUACUUUAAGACAUGUUGAGGCCGACGUUGAUGAUUUGGUCAUUGCCGAAGACCAGGCCGACGAAGAGUUUAUGGUUACGAAUGUGAGCUCCCCUCCACCCCCCCUCUGCGGUCCUGAUGGCAUGGUGCCAUUUCCCUUCUUCAAGAUUGAGAGCGCUGAAGGGGAGAGUGAUGAGGAUACCAUCGAGCGAGUCGAAGCACAAGCCACCGAGAUACUUUGCCCUUAUUCUGACAAGGAAUAUGCUGCGAGGAUUGCUGUGGCCAGGUGA